ACUCCGCCUUUCGGCCCUCGGCUGGUGCCCGGCAGCUUGUGUUCACGGAAGGUCCCCUCGGAUCGCCCGGAGUUCCGUUUGUAGCCGGAACAGUGAGCAGAAUGAGUACCUCACAGGACCAGAAUGGCUCCAGUAAGAGAGAACCCCUUUCGAGGUGUCGUGAUGCACAGAGGGAUUUGGAUCUUGCUAUUGGUGGAGUUCUCCGGGCUGAACAGCAAAUAAAAGAUAACUUGCGAGAGAUCAAAGCCCAGAUUCACAGCUGCAUAAGCCGUCACUUGGAAUGCCUUCGAAGCCGCGAGGUGUGGUUGUAUGAACAGGUAGAUCUCAUCUAUCAGCUUAAAGAGGAGACACUUCAGCAGCAGGCCCAACAGCUUUCCUGGUUACUGGGCCAGUUCAAUUGUCUUAUUCAUCAGCUGGAGUGCACCCAAAGCAAAGAUCUGGCCAAUCAAGUCUCCGUGUGCCUGGAGAGACUGGGCAAUUUGACCCUCAAACCUGAAGAUUCGACUGUCCUACUCUUUGAAGCAGACACAACUGCACUGCGCCAGGCCAUCACCACGUUUGGGUCCCUCAAGACCAUCCAAAUCCCUGAGCACUUGAUGACUCAUACUAAUCCAUCAAAUAUUGGGCCCUUCAUGGAGAAAAGAGGCUAUAUCCCAUUGCUAGAACAGCAGAAGUCAGCAUCCAUCACCACAGCUGUCCCUCUCAGUGAAUGGCUCCUUGGAAGCAAACCUGCCAAUGGUCAUCAGGCUCCUUACAUACCCAGCACCAAUCUCCAGGACUGGCUGACCCAAAAGCAGACCUUCGAGAACAGUCAGACUUCUGCCAGAGCCUGCAAUUUCUUUAAUGAUGUCUGGGGUAACCUAAAGAGCUUGGAAAACUGGCUCAAUAAGAGUCAGCAACAGGAAGUUCCUGAAAAACCAAGUUACCAAAAGGGUAACAGCUAUUCUACCACCAGUUCUUACUCCGUUGAUACUGAAAAGGUUGAAGAUCUAGAGCGUCUUGAUCAAGAUGAAAUGGAUCUUUCUGAUUGGCUGUUGACUCCCCAGGAAUCCCCAAAGCUGGAGAAGCCUGGGAAUGGCAGCUGUGAAACCAGUGAGAAGUUUAAGCUCUUGUUCCAGGCGUUCCAGGAGUCCUAUAGUGUGAAUGAUUGGCUUGUCAAGCCUGAUACCUGUACCAAUUGCCGGGGCAACCAGCCCAAAGGUGUGGAGAUUGAAAACCUGGGCAAUCUGAAGUGCUUGAAUGACCACAUCGAGGCCAAGAAACCCUUGUCCACUCCCAGCAUGGUUAUUGAGGAUUGGCUUGUCCAGAACCAUCAGGACCCAUAUAAAGUAGAGGAGGUCUGCAAAGCCAAUGAGCCCUGUACAAGCUUUGCAGAGUGUGUGUGUGAUGAAAAUUGUGAGAGGGAAGCGGUGUGUAAGUGGCUGCUGGAGAAAGAAGGAAAGGAUAAAAAUGGCGUGCCUGUGGAACCAAAACCUGAGUCAGAGAAGCGCAUGGAUUCCCUGAGUCUGUGGCUCUGUCCUUCCAGAAGAGAGGCAACAGAACAAGCGAAGAGAUCAAAGGCAGGGGCUCCUAGAAUUGCUGAUGCGUUCACGGCGAUAAGGAACAGUCCCUUGUCAGAGUGGCUUGUCCUACCAUCGUGCAAAGGAGGAUAUCCCAAGGAAGUGCCCAGUCCUGAGGACACAGCUGGCAAACAAAAGCUUGUGAGUCCCGUGGCCGCUUCCUGGUGUCCCUUUAACACAGCUGACUGGGUCUUGCCAGGAAAGAAGACAGGAAACCUCAGCGAGUUAUCCUCGGGAGAAGACAAGUGGCUACUUCGAAAGAAGGCCAAGGAAGUAUUACUUCAUUCACCCCUACAGGAGGAACCUAACUUCCCCCAAGACUGUUAUGACCUCCCAGCAGUCUGUGAUCUCUUUGCCUGUAUGCGGCUUAAAGUUGAUAAAGAGAAGUGGUUGUAUCGAACUCCUCUACAGAUGUGAAGGAAUGGAGUAGUGGAGUCAAGCAACUUUUUUGCAAAUUAUCACAUUUCCAUGAGCCGAGUGACUGCAGCUUGCCAAAUCAUUGUGUUUCUGGGUGUGACCAGCUAGUUUAGUUCCUUUCCUGCCUAAUUUUGAACUAGUGAAGAGAAGUCAUCACAUUAUGCGUUACUGUGUAAAAGAAAAAGGCUGUUUGUUGAUACUAAGGUGAUUCAGUUCCUUCUUAUUAACUUAAUUUCCCCUACACUAGAAACACAGCAUCUUGGUGGAUAUUUCUUUCAUAAGCCUCCACUGCUCUUUAGAUUGGGUUAUUAGUACAUUAAAACACUGUAUUUUAAAAAAUGAAAUAGAUCUAUAAUUGGGGUGUUGAUUAAAGCUAGUCAACUUCCUUCACCUUUUGAUUACCCUAUUUGAUGCUUCCCUUGCUGUGGUUUUUUCCCCAUUAGUGGUGGAAGCUAUUAUUUUUUCUGUUUAAUAUAUAGCAUAUUUCACACAAAUAACCUUGAGAAUAUAGUGAUUUUUUUUUU